AAAACAUUCGAUUUUCUUUGCGGCGUAGCCUUAGUUUUGGAUUUGAGUUUCUGCUUCUGUAAAUUCGCCUUGACCAUUGUCAUAUGUGAAUUCGCCUUGCAUUAUUAUCAUCGUAUGGAUACCAUAAACAAACCUUAGUUUCAGGAUGUAUUUAAUACAAUAGAUGAUUUGAUUGUACCUGUACGAGCAUAUUGCAGUUGUGGUAACAAUUAUUUGAGUAGCAUUUCGUGAAUAAAAGUAACAAUAUUGCGGAAAAAAAAACACAGGCUCCAAAGUUUAAAAAAUAUUAGCUUUGAAACAAGUAAAAAUAUAUGACAUAGUAUAGUUCAAAAUGAAAAAGAAGCAGCGAAAUUUUUUAAGCCGACAAGAAGUAUACAAGCUGAUAGAUAUAUGGGCAGAGCACAUAGAUCAAUUACGUAGGACAUUCAGAAACAAGGAAGUGUAUAAAAGUAUGAGUUUGGAGUUACGGGCGCGACAUCGCUUAACGCUGAGCUGCGAAGAAAUCAGGAGUCGAAUUGCUAAUUUAAAGAAACAAUUUAAAAUUGAAAAGAAAAGUGAACUAUGUGGUCGCGCAUCUACCUGGCCAUACUUCAAAAAAGUAAAUGAACUACUGGAAGAAGGAAACACCAAUAAAUCAGAAAAAAGUCAUGUGUAUGUUUUUGUAGAUAAAGAACCUGAUAUUUAUGAACAAUCAGCUAGCGAAGAAUUAAAAAGAGAGGAGAGUGUCGCCAGCGGUUCCAGGAGCAAGAGAAAGUUGUACGAGGUGGAGUUUCUGAAAAUAGCCAAGGAAGAGCAAAAAAAUAUGAAGAAAUAUUUUAAAAAUUCAUUAGAAAAUGACGAAAAAAUUAUUAAGCUUUUACAAAAAAAUAAUGACUUACUUUCUCAACUCCUGUAUAAAGCGUAAAAAAUACAUACAAAAUUCAUACAAAUAAGCGAAUUCAAUAAAAAAAAUGCAAUAACUGACUAAGAAUACAAUUCCGAAUAAAACCUUAAUGAAAAAUUUUCUACUAAAAAAAAAAUGCGAUAAAUACUAUUAAUUUUUAUCAAUUAUUAUAUUUGUUUAUUUUCGUAUUUCCAUUUUGAGUUUACAGUUUUGCACAAAGAGAUCUUUUUGUGAAUGCAUUAAAAAUUAAAGAAUUGCAUUAAUAUUAUAAUUUAAUUUUUGCAUUUGACAUUUUGCAUUUUUAAAGUAUAAAUAAGUAGAAUUAGUGCUGGUAAAUAAGGAUUUUGCAAUAAAGGUAUUUUGUAUAAUACUUUUUAAACCCUUAAAAUAUAUAAAAAAAAUAUGAAAUAAACAAAUAAAAAAAAAA